UCCCCCACUCGGCAGCGUCUGUGGCGGUUCUCAGUGUCUCGCUUGGCCCACACCACGCAGCUCCUCCGACCGCCAGCCCUUCCCGCCGCGACCAGAGAAUCCACGACGAGUGUCCGCGCACAACCCAGGGCAGGAACGUAAAGUGUCAGCGUUGGAGCGAGUGAGGCCGAUUUGCAUAUCCACUCCCACUCCUUCCUCAUUUGCAUACAGCAAGAAAAUGGCGAGCGGGCAUCCCACAGACAAAUUCAGUUUCAUGUAUCAACCAGACACGCACAAGAGCAAAAACAGGUUGUCUUCAGCCAUGAAUCCUGUCUACAGCCCUGUCCAGCCUGGCGCCCCCUACGGAAACCCCAAAAACAUGGCUUUUGCAGGCUAUCCGGGGGGUUAUCCGACCACGGCACCCACAUAUACGCCAAACCUCUAUCAAACAGGAAGUCCUGGGUAUCCACCUGGAUACACUGCAGCGGGCACCCCUUACAAGGUGCCCCCGACCCAGUCUAAUGGAGCCCCUCCUCCCUACACUCCCACCCCUACCCCGUACCCGACGGCUAUGUACCCCAUCCGCAGUGCCUACCCACAGCAGAACUUGUACACGCAGGGUGCGUACUACACUCAGCCCGUGUACGCAGCUCAGCCGCACGUGAUCCACCACACCACCGUGGUGCAGCCAAACAGCAUUCCCUCCACAGCCCUCUACCCGGCCCCGGUCCCAGUACCUGCUCCUCGCAACAACGGCAUGGCUGCCAUGGGGAUGGUGGCUGGGACAACCAUGGCCAUGAGUGCAGGGACCCUGCUGACAACGCCUCAGCACGCCCAAAUCGGCGCGCACCCCGUGACCGUGCCCACCUACAGGCCCCAGGGCACCCCCGGGUACAGCUACGUGCCACCCCACUGGUAGAGCCCACCCACUAAUAUCUGGAGUCCACCGUCAUAUGCAACUGCUCCCGGUAACCAUGGGAACUCUGCACCCCGUCUGCAGAACAAAACCUAAAGUGCAACAGCCACUUUAAUAUCACUCUUAACAUUUUUACAAAAGCUGCUUUUAUUUUUUUCUAUUUUUUUCCCCUCUCUCUCUCUCUUUUUUCUGUUCAUUUGCCAACCGGUCAUUACCUUCUUUUUAUUUUUAGGACUUUUUUCUUUCCUCCCGCUUCUUUCUUUUCUUAUCUUUCAUUGGAACUCCAGAAGGACGCCUGACCAAUUCCGGGUGUUGGUCAGUCCUGUGUGUGUGUUAAAGUGUGUGUGUGCGCGUGUGUGUGUGUGUGUGUGUGUGUGUGUGAGGUUCCUGCCUGCUGCUCAGUCGGCCGGAAAGUAUCGUGCACUUAUUCCUCAACAUCAUCUCCAUUAGUCCUUGCAAAGACUUACUGACUUAUGCUGCCAAAAUUUUCAAACAGCACAGUUUUAAUCACCAAUUUUUUUGUAUUUAGUUUCAUGCAGGUUGCUGUUUUUUUUAAGUGUUUCCUUUGUCUUGUUUCACAUUUUCAUUUCACUUUGAAUCCUACCUAUCUGGUCUUCCAGCACCUCACCUUCUUUCCGUUUCCUGGCGUGUGUUCUAUAUCUCAGCCGUGCACUUAGCGCACAAGUAGGCAGGACGCCACAUACUACGCGGGCUAGUAUGUCGUGACACUGCCUGCUUCUUCUUCGUUUUUUUUUUUUUUUAAUGUAUUAAUCGUCGGUCAACGCGUUGGGUUAGAACACUCCCAGUGACGUGUCGUCUCACGCAGGGGCUCCUGUGGUGGGCAUAAACAGGACCGCCUUGUGGCACUUACUCCACAGAAGUUACCGCAAAAAUCCACGUUUCGUAGGCGUAGAAGGCGGGGAAAAGGGAGUUGUCAAGGGAUCGUGCUGGAAGUGAACACGUCGGGCUGCGUGCGCCCAGGCGAGAACCAAUAACCGAGCUCUUCCCGCGGGAAAAAAAAAAUGCACAGUUUAUGCCAAACCAGCCGCACAAAA